AGCAGCGUGAUUAUAUAAAAGGGAAUUGAAAAGCAGCUGCUCGGUAUACUGAGACGCGGGCAUGGCAGAGGAUAUGUUCCUGUAUUGGGGCUCCGGUUCCCCACCCUGCUGGAGGAUCAUGAUUGUCUUGGAAGAGAAAAAACUGCAAGGCUAUAAGGAAAAGUUGUUGUCCUUCGAGAAGAUGGAGCACAAAUCGGAAGAGGUUGUGGCGAUUAAUUCCAGGGGUCAGUUACCCAGUUUCCGUCAUGGGGACAUUAUCCUAAACGAAUCUUUUGGAGUCUGUCUGUAUUUAGAGAACCAGUUCAAGUCUCAAGGCACACAACUGAUUCCGGACUCCGGAGCUGAGCAGGCUCUUGUUUAUCAGAGAAUGUUCGAGGUUCUGACUCUGCAGGAAAAAGUCGUGGCCAUAGUCUAUUACGUAAUGAGGGUUCCUGAAAAUGAGCGCCAUGAUUCUACUCUAGAGAGGAACAAGGCGGCACUGAAUACAGAGCUGAAGUUGUGGGAAGGAUACUUUGAAAAGUUGCCUACUGAUUCCCACAUUGCAGGGAAGAGCUUCACAAUGGCAGAUGUAAUGCUGUUCCCACAGUUGGCCUGUGCAAUUCGCUUUGGGCUGUCAGUUGACAAAUACCCCAAGCUGUUCAAUUAUUACACCAGAGUGAAAGAGCGGCCAAGCAUCCAGGCCUCAUGGCCUCCCCAUUGGAAGGAGAACCCUCCAACCAUAGAUGUACUGAAGGAUGUUUGAGGUUCUAGAAAGCACCACUGUCUUAACUUUUUAAUUCAUGUAAUGUGUGGUGAAAUGUUACUCCUGUUUGCCUUGGAGUUAGCAGUAACAAUGCAGGAUUGUGCUGUGCAGUAAAGGCUGUGGCACAUUGCAGUCUUAUUUUUGUUGCAUUAAGAGUUAUUAAACUAUUCAGAAAUCUG